CAGACUGAUCGACUGAACAAAAAGCUGCUCGUAUCGGUUUUGGAGCGUAUGAAAAAAUCAGACGGGCAGUUCGAUAAGUUUAUGGAGGACGAGAAAGGAACUUGCGAAUCGUAUGACGACAGCGAUUUUUAAGUCGACCGGUACACAAGGAAUCUGCUAAGUGGUGCUUAAAUUUAUAAUCGAAAGAUACUUUAUACUAUCAUGGCGGAUAUUCCUGAUUAUGAAGGUGAUGAUGAUAUUGUGGAGUAUUAUGAAAAUAAAGAGUCUGAUGAUGAGCAGCAUGGUAACGUUGAAGUGAUAGGAGAAGCAACUUCCGAUAAUGAAGCAGAAACUGCGCGAAGAAUUGAUCCAUCAAAGUCUAAAACACAUACAGUUCGAAAUCCUAUACCCAAACUGAAUACAGAGCGAUUGAAAGGUCCCAAUGGUAUUCAUACCAUCGAAAAGUACUUUGAAGGUUUCAAGUUCUAUGGCAAAGGACAUGAGAAAACGGAUCUUGACAGGAUUAUGAAAAGAUUGGAACAUUGGUCCUAUCGAUUAUUUCCAAAAUAUCAUUUUGAUGAUUUUCUUACAAGAGUUGAGCAACUUGGGACAAAGAAGGAUCUGCAGGUGUUUAUGAAAAGAUAUCGAUUGGACAUGCUCACUUCAGAUGAUGAUUUAAUUACGCAUGAUAACAUGGAUAACGAAGAGGAUCAACAAGAGAGUGCACCUUUGGAUGACUUUGAUUUGUUGAUAACAGAACAAAUUCAAAAACAAAAGCAAGCUGAAACGCGAAUUUCUGCAGUUCCGAGCACUUCUAACGAGGAUGCUUUUGAUGAACUUUUGAUGCAAUCCAAUAAUAAAUCAAAUUCACAAAUACAAUGCACAAGCACUGCCAAAGAUGAAUUGAGCGACGAGAUAAAAGAAAUAAUCGAAAGAAAUAAACAGCUGGCUAUUCAAAGAAGACUCCAGAGACAAAAAGAACAUGAAGAAGGAGAGUCCAAGAGAACAAAAUUGAUUGAAAGCACAAAUAUAGAAAUUCUAAAUGAAAAUAAUCCUACAAUUUAUGAUGCAUCUCAGGUUGAUAGUAUGCGAUCACAAAACAAUGAAAAUACAAAUGAAGCAAUUGCUACUAAGUCGGGGAAAAUAUUAGAAGAACCAAUAACAGAUCAUAUUUAAGUAAAAUAUGUGAUAAUAUAAAAUUUUUGUUAUAUCACAUAUAUACAUAUAAGAUUAAAAUACCAGUUAGAAGUAUUUAUAAUAUAAUAAAAAUUAUUGCUUUACCUGUACUUAUUGUAGAAGUAAGCCAAAAUGUAGCUGUUAGAAAUGUUUAUGCAUAGAUAAAUUUCAAAUAAUAAAUAAGAUAUUAAUUUUUAUUGAAA